UUUUUUUUUUUUUUCGUGACAUCAUACAGUCAAGAUCAUCUGAUCAAAUGUGUGAGAUCAUCUGAUGUCCCAUGGACCAAUGAGAUGAUGCGGAUGGGAAUGAGUGAUGGAUGAAUGUUCAAGGCGUGAAGCUAAGCGCCUUGCUGCGCUGCAAAGACAACAACAGGAGGAAUCCACUUCGACGGCGAAGCCAGAGGGGGUAUUGUCGGCGGAGACAGUGCCUUUGACACAAGGAACGAAGGAUUAUUGGUCUCCGACUUUUCCCUCGGAUGUGGCACUAGGCAAGCGUGCAUCAGCCAAGCUUGAAUUUGUGCCAGCGUCGCAACCCGACGAGGAAGAUGAUGACGAUUUGCCACAGGGUCAAUGUGGCACGAGCGAGGAUUAUGCAACUCAGCCCCUCGAGAAAGAUGAUGAUUCGCCACAGGAUCAGGGUGGCACGGACGAGGAUUAUGAGGCUCGAUUCAUCGCAGCUCAGCUGGAAAUCGAGGAGCUUCGCAGUGCCUUGAAGCGUGAACGGGAUAUAAUUUACAAGGAUGAAGGCACUCAGGUGGAUCGAAAGACAGCAGAACAGGGGGUUCAAGUUGAAGCGGAGGACGAUAGCAGAAUGGAGCAGCGUCCUCGUAAGCGGCGUAGAAAGGCCAGGACUCAGAUUGUAGUCCUCA